AUGGGUGGACAAACGUCUGUUGAGGAAAUUGAGAGGGGGAGAAAAGCUCAAGAAGAAUUGUCCAGAAGGAAUUCUAUUUCUUCUUUGCUUGUUGGGGAUGGUUUGGAGGUUGUUGGAUCUAUGAAGAAGCACAUCAAAGAAUUCUUUUCUGCUAAGUUCCAGCAACAAGAAGUGAAGAUACCAAAUCUAGAUGUAACAGGCCUAGUUUGCUUAACCGAGGCAGAAAGUUCUAGUUUAGAGAUAAUGUUUGAUGAGGAAGAAAUAAGGGAUGUCAUCUUUGAGUGUGCAGGGAAUAAAAGUCCGGGGCUUGCCAAUUUUAACUUGGAAUUCUUGAAGAGGCGUUGGAGUGUGGUGGGAGUGGAUGUCGUCAGUUGCAUUCAGGAAUUUCACAAAUUGGCUUGGCUUCCUAAAGCUACGACUUCCUCUUUCUUUGCUUGA